UAUUAACCAGAAAAUUGAAAUCGACAAUAAAUGGCCGUCAAAAAAUCAUUUUUACCCCUAGAUCGCCUGACUUUGGUAAUUAUUCUAUUGAUUAUUUUUUCCAAAAUCCAAAAUCAUCCGUAAUACACAUUAGGCGGUUACACACAAGAAACAAUCGUCAGACGUUAAGAUAAUGCCGAAUCACGCGUCCAUGAAGGUGGCGAAGACGGUGAUGGAGGUGGCUGAUGUGGCCUGGACCGCCAUAGAAACCCAACGGCGCCACAACCACCAUCACAACCGAGAAACGCCUCUUUUAGUGCCAUCGCCGCCGGGCAAAGAAGAUUUGGAAUUAGAAUCCUUACGCUCCGAAAAUCAACGCCUCCGGAAUUUACUUCAACAAAAUCUGACCCUUUUUCAAAGCAUGUCCAGGGAGCCUUCUCUAUUACAGAAUUGCCCUCUUGAUUUGCACGAGCGUCUUUUAGCUGUUGUGAAUUCUGGAAGCUUCCUGGAUCAACUAGAAAAUCUCCGGCAGAAAUCUGUGGAGGGUGCUGCAUGCAAAUUUCCAUUCAACGAGCCCUCAGAUGAAGAUUUGAAGAAAAUGGAGAUUUUGAUUAAUGUUGGUAAAGAAGAGCCUAGUUGGUGGGUUUGGGUCACCGAGGACAUGGUUCCGAGCAAUGCUGAAGAGCGGAGUGGAAUUGAUAAUGAAAAUUAUGUAGUUGUGAGCAAGGAGCAAGUAGUGGAUGGUGUGGCCAAUUUCAUGGCUAGAUGCUUGGUGGCCAACCCGAAAGCUCAGAAAUUGACUCCUGAGCAGCUGCAGAAAGCCCUGACAAAAGCAUUGGGAGGCAUGAAUAAAGUGGAGAAGGCAUUAAACAUUUGGCACGCUGGGAUGAUGUUUUACACCCUGGGCAUGUGGGGACUUGCUCUAACGGGUUUGUACAAGAGUCGAGCUGCUCUGAGACUUGCUGCAAUGGGGGUGCAUACUUCGAGCAAAGCAGUUCUGAAGGUCCUCUGAAUCUAGCUCUUUUCUUUUCUCUGCAACACAAACGCUUGUUGAACACAACCAUUUAGACCAAAGAAACUUGCCACUGCCUUUGUGCCGCUUAUUUUUUAUAAUUGUUAAUAGAAAAUUGGGUGUGAAAUUGUCUAGUGGAGUUUCUUAUGUUCUUGCAACGUGUGACUGCUACUUGUAAGACUACAUUGUUUGAUCAAAUACUGGUAAUUGUUUGUUUUACUUUUGGAUGUGAAAGAAAACAGUGUACAGCCGAGGGCACAUUCUAAAUUGA